AAAUAAUAAUAAAAAAAAAAUAAACCCUGAUAGAAAUUUAAAUUCAACCGAAUUAGCGCCAAACGCCUGGUGAAACCCAGCAGCGGCUCGGCAGAAGAACAGCUCCUGAGCAGCUUUUUUCUCCCCGCUUCGUCGCCGGUUUUUAGCCCGCUCCAGAGACACCAGCCCGGACUUGUGCGCACUCUCCCAAAGCAGCACGAUGGGGAAACAGAACAGCAAGCUGACCCCUGAAGUGAUGGAGGAUCUGGUGAAGAACACAGAGUUUAACGAACAUGAGCUGAAGCAGUGGUAUAAAGGUUUUCUUAAGGACUGUCCCACUGGUCGACUCAACCUGGAAGAGUUCCAGCAGCUCUACGUCAAGUUUUUUCCUUACGGUGAUGCAUCCAAGUUCGCCCAGCAUGCCUUCCGCACCUUUGACAAGAAUGGUGAUGGCACCAUCGACUUCAGAGAGUUCAUCUGUGCACUGUCCAUCACGUCACGAGGGAGCUUUGAGCAGAAACUCAACUGGGCUUUCAACAUGUACGACCUGGAUGGAGAUGGAAAGAUCACACGAGUGGAGAUGCUGGAGAUCAUUGAGGCGAUUUACAAGAUGGUCGGCACAGUCAUCAUGAUGAAAAUGAAUGAGGACGGAUUGACGCCCGAACAGAGGGUGGACAAGAUCUUCUCCAAGAUGGAUAAGAACAACGACGACCAGAUAACGCUGGAGGAGUUCAAAGAGGCCGCCAAGAGUGACCCGUCCAUCGUAUUACUCCUGCAGUGUGACCUCCAGAAAUAGGCCAAAGGGUGAGCCGAGCGCUUCACCAGCCGCCAUGGACUGCACAGAAAGAAAUUUCAUGUUCCAUUCAGUUUGCAGCUAUUUCCACUGAAGAAGAAAAAAAAAAAUAAUACUUGGACUACCUUUCAAUGGAUCUGCUUCUUGUGUUUGAAACACUCGUGUGCAUGAGAAUGUUAUUUGCUAUAUAAAAAUCUACACAUAGCAUACAGCAUAACACAAACACACAUAUUUACACAUUGCACAAUUAUAUAUAUAUAUAUAUAGAGAGAGAGAGAGAGCGAGAGCGAGAUCUAUAAAUCUAAAUAUAUAUUUAAAUUAUUUAACAAUCAACUGCCAAAAUGUGAAGUGUGCAAAGUAUUUUACAUACGGUUUCAUUCCACUGGAGCUUGCGCAUCAGUGAUGUGCUACGUUGAAUUUUCCGCUACUCUCAUCUAUUGUCCCAAGUUUACUGACGCUAGCUGCGUGUCUCAUAAAUACUGAACCAAACUCUUAUAAUAAUGUAUCUGCCUCCAAUACGACACUCAAUCCAUCGUCUUGAACAUUAGCCAGAGAUAGGCCAAGACAUGGGUUUGUUUGUCAAAUUUUUCCUUGCAAAAAAACCUAAACAAAACAAAAAAAAAUGUGCUUGUACUGUCAAUAAAAAACGUAAAUGUAGUUAAUUUGCAUGCCUUUAGGUUUUGCCUUAAAAAAAAUCUCAUUUUUCUCAUCCCGUGAGCUUAACCGAAGACAGAAGGCCUUAUCGCAGCAGCACAGUGAGGCUCGAAAGAUUUGUACUGAAUAGGGGGGUUCGAUGGGAGUGGGGGGGGAUUACUUGUGAUCUGUCACUUUUUAAUUUUGCUAAAACUAUGGCAACAUGUUUCCGUGUAGCUGAGCUGUAGUAUAUGUUGCUAAGGACAAGUCUGCCGCCUCCGCACUUAGUGAGCAGCUGAUAAAUUUCUCUAUUUCACUUUCAGAGGUAACAGCACUUUAAUAUUUUGUUUAAAAAAUAUAUAAGUAAAAGCAGACUGGAGGUGAGAUCAAAUAAUUCAAUCAGGAUUCCCUGUAGAAUGGAUGCUUCUCGUUGGCAAUUAACUUCACAAAUAAUCAUUGAGGGUUUUUUUCCAUGUUACAUUCUGAAGCUUUUCUCACUAACACAUGCGUUUUUGUUUUCUCUCAGAUAGUCUGCAGGUUGCAUAUCAGUGAGGUGGCAAGCCAACAUCGAGCUGGUGCAGCAUUAUGCAAUAAAAGCAUCAAACACUCGAGCUUGUUUUGUCUUUUUCAGUGAAAGUACACGAGCACUUCAAGCAGAGCAGUGAGAGCCAUCAGUGGCGUUUCAUUUUACAGCCCAAGUCGGACAAUUCACCUGCCCGGCCUUGAACUCGAUCUUUUUGUACUUUUUUACUCCCAUCCCUCACAUAUUGUACGCAAACUGAUAUGUAUAGAGGCUCAGUGUUAAAGUGCGGUACCACAAAAUAAAACCCCAAACCUGUAAGCCCUCUGCAACACAGCUAACUGUGUGAAAACAACUUUCCAACUUAGUGUUGCAUGUUUGAUGAGCUAUUUACAGCUUUGAGAGGUUAAAGGUCAUAUUCGUGUUACAAGGUACCAGUACAAUAGAGACCACCAGUCCAUUGUCAUCUGAACUUCUUUAAUGACAUCCUCUUAUUACUGUUGCUAUUACGAUUAAGAUACCAAAUGUAAGCAAAGACGAGCGUGUACAAGGAUUUUUUUUUUCUUUUUUUGUAGCAUGUAUCGUGUCCCUGACAACAUGGCUGCACUACUCCCUGUGUUGUGAUUUAAUCUAAUAAAA